AGAAUGAUGGAAAACGCAGUGUUUAUGUCAUUUACCUUCUACAGCACGGUCUUGAUUUUAAAAAUGUAUGUCGUUGCCAUCAUUACGGGACAAGUGAGACUCAGAAAGAAGGCGUUUGCAAACCCGGAGGACGCGCUGCGCAACGGGGGGCUGCAGUACUACCGAGAGGACCCCGACGUGGAGCGGUGCCGUAGGGCCCAUCGCAAUGACAUGGAGAACAUCUUUCCUUUCCUCUUCCUCGGAGCCAUCUACUCCCUGCUGGAUCCCAGUCCCACAGUGGCCAGGAUCCACUUCUUCAUCUUCUGCGUGGGGCGCAUCAUCCACACCAUCGCCUACCUCCUGCGGCUGAAGGCGCCCACGCGCUCUGUGGCCUACAGCGUGGCGCAGCUGCCCUGCUUCUCCAUGGCUCUGCAGAUCCUCUUGGCCACCACCCCGUACUGGUAA